GAGCCGCCGCGGACAGCGGCUUCCCGGAGGCAGCGGCGGCCGGAGGAGGCGAUUUCAACGGGAGCGGAGGAAAGCGCGGCGGCGGCAGCCGGGGGGCGCCGGGGGUCGCGCCCGCCCGCCCGCCCGCCCUCGCCGGGCGCGGGGAGCGGCCGCCUGCAGCUCGGGGUCCGCGCGCGAUGUGGCAAUGGGAGCCGCGGGGAGCGACUCGGCCGGAGCUGCCGCGGCGGCAGCCGCCGCCCCGCGCCCCGCGUGAGGCGGCCGCGCCGCAGCAGCCCCAGCAGCAGCAGCCCCAGCAGCGGCGGCGGCGGCGGCAGCUCCCGCAGCAGCCCCAGCAGCAGCAGUCCGCGGCCCGUAGCGCCGCCAGCCCCCCGCGGCCCCGCCGCGCCCCCGGGGCCCCGGGGCCCGCCGUGGCAGCGCCAGCGGCAGCUCCCCCGUCCCCCCGCCGGCGGCAACAUGGCUUCGGCCGGUAACGCUUCGGAGCCGGAGAUCAGCAGCAGCGCGGGCGGCGGCGGCCACCCCGGCCGGGCGGCGAGGAGCGGCGGCGGGUGGCGGCGAAGGACCGGAGGGAAUCGGCGAGCCCCGGCGCCCGACCGGGAGUAUCUGCAGCGGCCGAGCUACUGCGAUGCGGCUUUCGCCUUGGAGCAGAUCUCAAAGGGGAAGGCGACAGGACGGAAAGCGCCGCUGUGGCUGCGAGCAAAGUUUCAGAGACUGUUGUUUAAACUGGGCUGUUACAUUCAGAAAAACUGCGGGAAGUUCUUGGUUGUUGGCCUCCUGAUUUUUGGGGCUUUCGCUGUAGGAUUAAGGGCAGCUAAUCUCGAGACCAACGUGGAAGAGCUGUGGGUGGAAGUUGGUGGACGAGUGAGUCGGGAGUUAAAUUACACACGACAGAAGAUUGGAGAAGAGGCCAUGUUUAACCCUCAGCUCAUGAUCCAGACUCCACAGGAAGAUGGUGCUAAUGUACUAACAACAGAAGCACUCCGACAGCACCUUGACUCUGCACUUCAGGCCAGCAGAGUACAUGUCUAUAUGUACAACAGACAGUGGAAAUUGGAACAUUUGUGUUACAAAUCAGGAGAACUCAUCACAGAAGCAGGUUACAUGGACCAGAUCAUAGAAUAUCUUUAUCCUUGCUUAAUUAUCACUCCUUUGGACUGCUUCUGGGAGGGAGCAAAGCUACAGUCAGGAACUGCCUAUCUUUUAGGGAAGCCUCCUUUACAGUGGAUCAACUUUGACCCCUUAGAAUUCUUGGAAGAGUUAAAGAAAAUAAACUACCAAGUGGAGAGCUGGGAAGAAAUGCUGAAUAAAGCAGAGGUUGGUCAUGGUUAUAUGGAUCGACCCUGCUUGAAUCCUGCUGAUCCCGAUUGCCCAAUUACAGCUCCCAAUAAAAAUUCCACUAAACCUCUUGAUGUAGCCCCUGUUUUGAGUGGUGGAUGCUAUGGACUGUCAAGAAAAUACAUGCAUUGGCAAGAGGAGUUAAUUAUAGGUGGUACAGUCAAGAACAGUUCUGGUAAACUUGUCAGUGCCCAGGCUUUGCAAACCAUGUUUCAGUUAAUGACUCCUAAGCAAAUGUAUGAGCACUUCAAGGGGUAUGAAUAUGUUUCACAUAUCAACUGGAAUGAGGAUAAGGCAGCAGCAAUUCUGGAAGCCUGGCAGAGGAUGUAUGUUGAGGUUGUUCAUCAAAGUGUUGCACAAAACUCUACUCAGAAGGUGCUCUCCUUUACUACGACCACCCUGGAUGACAUCCUAAAGUCAUUUUCUGAUGUCAGUGUUAUCAGAGUAGCUAGUGGCUACUUACUAAUGCUUGCCUACGCCUGUUUAACAAUGCUGCGGUGGGACUGUGCCAAGUCUCAGGGUGCCGUGGGGCUGGCAGGAGUCUUGUUGGUUGCACUCUCAGUGGCUGCAGGAUUGGGCCUGUGCUCAUUGAUUGGAAUUUCCUUUAAUGCUGCCACAACUCAGGUUUUGCCUUUUCUUGCUCUUGGAGUUGGUGUAGACGAUGUUUUCCUUCUGGCACAUGCAUUUAGUGAAACAGGGCAGAAUAAGAGAAUUCCAUUUGAGGACAGAACAGGUGAAUGUUUGAAGCGAACAGGAGCAAGUGUAGCCCUUACAUCUAUCAGCAAUGUUACUGCUUUCUUUAUGGCUGCCUUAAUCCCUAUUCCUGCUUUACGAGCAUUUUCACUCCAAGCAGCAGUUGUGGUGGUAUUCAACUUUGCUAUGGUCCUGCUGAUUUUUCCUGCUAUCCUGAGCAUGGACCUUUAUCGUCGGGAAGACAGGAGACUGGAUAUAUUCUGCUGUUUUACAAGUCCGUGUGUUACUAGAGUGAUUCAGAUUGAGCCUCAAGCAUAUGUGGAAAAUGACAAUACCUGCUACAGCCCUCCACCCCCAUACAGCAGUCACAGUUUUGCACAUGAAACUCAAAUUACGAUGCAGUCCACAGUGCAGUUGCGCACAGAAUACGAUCCUCAUACGCAGGUGUACUACACCACAGCAGAGCCUCGUUCAGAAAUAUCUGUGCAGCCAGUAACAGUGACACAAGAUAAUUUCAGCUGCCAGAGCCCAGAAAGCACAAGCUCGACGAGGGAUUUGCUUUCCCAAUUCUCAGACUCCAGCAUACAUUGCCUUGAGCCACCCUGUACGAAGUGGACACUCGCAUCUUUUGCAGAAAAGCAUUAUGCUCCAUUCCUCCUAAAACCAAAAGCUAAGAUUGUGGUUAUUUUUCUUUUUCUGGGUUUGCUUGGGCUCAGCCUUUAUGGAACUACCCGAGUGAGAGAUGGACUAGAUCUCACAGACAUUGUACCACGGGAAACACGGGAAUAUGACUUUAUUGCCGCACAAUUCAAGUACUUUUCAUUCUACAACAUGUAUAUUGUGACACAAAAAGCAGACUAUCCAAAUGUCCAGCACUUACUGUAUGAACUUCACAGAAGUUUCAGCAAUGUGACAUAUGUUUUAUUGGAAGAAGAUAGGCAGCUCCCCAAAAUGUGGUUGCACUACUUUCGAGACUGGCUGCAAGGACUUCAGGAUGCAUUUGACAGCGAUUGGGAAAGUGGGAAGAUCACUUACAACAAUUACAAAAAUGGAUCUGAUGAUGCUGUUUUGGCUUACAAACUCCUGGUACAAACAGGCAACAGAGCAAAGCCCAUUGACAUCAGCCAGUUGACUAAACAGCGUCUGGUGGAUGCAGAUGGAAUCAUUAACCCAAAUGCUUUCUACAUCUACCUGACAGCCUGGGUUAGCAAUGACCCUGUGGCUUAUGCUGCCUCGCAAGCCAACAUCCGGCCUCACCGCCCAGAGUGGGUCCAUGACAAAGCAGACUAUAUGCCAGAAACAAGACUGAGAAUUCCAGCAGCUGAGCCCAUAGAGUAUGCUCAGUUUCCUUUCUACCUCAACGGAUUGCGUGAAACUUCUGACUUUGUGGAGGCUAUUGAGAAAGUGAGAGCUAUCUGUAAUAACUACACCAGUCUGGGGAUCGCCAGCUACCCAAAUGGUUACCCGUUUCUGUUUUGGGAGCAGUACAUUGGGCUUCGUCACUGGCUGCUCUUAUCAAUUAGUGUGGUUUUGGCUUGCACAUUUCUGGUGUGUGCCCUCUUCCUCCUAAACCCCUGGACAGCUGGGAUCAUUGUGGUGGUGCUGGCUCUUAUGACUGUGGAGCUGUUUGGCAUGAUGGGUCUAAUUGGAAUAAAGCUGAGUGCAGUUCCUGUGGUUAUCCUGAUUGCUUCUGUUGGCAUUGGUGUGGAAUUCACUGUUCACGUUGCAUUGGCAUUUUUAACUGCCAUAGGAGACAGGAACCGCAGGGCUGUCCUUGCAUUGGAACACAUGUUCGCACCAGUGCUGGAUGGGGCUGUGUCCACUCUGCUUGGAGUGUUAAUGCUCGCAGGAUCAGAGUUUGAUUUUAUUGUCAGGUAUUUCUUUGCUGUUUUGGCAAUCUUAACCAUUCUGGGAGUUCUUAAUGGAUUGGUGCUGCUUCCUGUUCUUCUUUCGUUCUUUGGACCAUACCCUGAGGUUUCUCCAACCAAUGGACAAACCAGGUUGCCUACACCGUCUCCUGAGCUGGCCCCCAGCAUCGUGAGGUUUGCACUGCCACCCACGCACACACACAAUGGGUCAGAUUCCUCUGAUUCAGAGUACAGCUCUCAAACCACAGUGUCCGGCAUCAGUGAAGAGCUUCAUCAGUAUGAGGCCACACAAGGCCCUGGCGCACCAGUCCACCAAGUAAUAGUGGAAGCCACUGAGAAUCCUGUCUUUGCAAGAUCCAGUGUGGUUCAGCCAGAGGCACAGCAUCAGUCGAGCCCCAGAUCACAGUUGAAUCCAGAGCCUGGCACACAGCAGACAUGGCGUCAGGGCAGACAAGCUAAACGGGAAGCGAGGGAAGGGCAGCGACCACCUCCUUACCGCCCUCGCAGGGAUGCGUUUGAAAUCUCUACUGAAGGGCAUUCAGGACCCAGCAACAGGGAUCGCUUGGGCCACAAGACUCGUUCUCAUAACAUAAGAAGCCCAGCGUUCAGCACCCUGGGCGCCACAGGACCAGCAUACUGCCAGCCUAUCACUACUGUGACUGCCUCAGCUUCAGUGACUGUUGCUGUCCACCCUGCGGUGCACAGCCGCAGCUCUCGGGGAGGGAGCUUUCCGUCCUACGAGGGAUACCAUGAAGCUGACCAUGGGCCAUUUGAGGACCCCCAUGUGCCUUUUAAUGUGCGGUGUGAAAGAAGAAAUUCUAAAGUAGAAGUUAUAGAACUGCAAGAUGUCGAAUGUGAGGAAAGGACACCCAGCAACAGCUCACAGUAAGAUAAUAACUGAAGCAAAGAAGAGGCCAAAGAUAGAAAACUCUAUUUCCAGAACUGCUUGAAUUGAAGAACUGCUUGAAGUUGUAGAAAAGGACAUGCUGCAUCAGGACAACAGUUCACUGUUACUGUAACCUAUUGUAUUAUUUUGUUAAAUAUUUCUUUAAGUAUUUAAAAGAUGUACACAUAUGUAAUAUACAAAAGAACAAUGUAAAGUAGUAUAGUCUGGAGUCAUUUGCCUCUGGGCAAUAGAAUGGGGACAAUAUUGUGUGCGCUUUGUACUUUUUGUACAUUGAUCUCUGUGCCACAACUAAGCUUAAUCUAGUUCUAAAUUCCAGCAUAAGUUGCUGCUGCUUAAAUAUUUUAUACUUUACGUGUAUAACUCUAUGCAAAUAUUGCUUAUGUGAUAGGGUUUUUUUAAGGUACAUGUCUCUUUAAAGUAUUUUAAGUUUGCGUAUCACAACCCUGUGGUAGGAUGAGGUGUUACUGCUAACUUUCAAACACGCUAUGCAUGAUAAUUUUUAAAAUAAGCAGAUAUGAAGAAAAGCAAGUUAAUCUGGGAGGCUUAAAUAGAUUUAGCUAUGUGCAGGUUCUGUUUUGCUGUGUGUAUCCAUGUGUGCAUCUGGAAGUUUGCAUGCUUUUGUGUGUAUGUUCCUGGUGUACUGUAGUUUCCCUUUACUGUAUGGCAACACUUAGUGGGCUUAUCAACCCACUGAUGCUGAUAUAAGUCUGGCUUUCCCUGUUAGCAGGCACUAGUGAAAACCAUGUUGGUGUUUAUGAACAUGCAGCAUAGACUGCCAUCAUGAAAGGCCCAACUGAAAUAGAAAAGAAGACAGGGAGUCAAGGUUGAGGUUGUGGUUCAGUUUCCCACAGACUUAAUGACUUGGUUCACAUGGCUUUGGUCAAGUCACUUAACUGCCCUGUGCCUCAGUUUCUCAUUCUGUAAAAUGGGUGUAAUUACACUUACCUACCUCCCAGGAAUGUUGUGAGGCUUAGUUACUGUUCCUGUAGUGCUUUGAUUUUGAUUCUUUUCCUUUAAUUUUUCUUUGCAAAAGGUGCCAGGUAAGUGCAAACACUAUAACCAUCCUUGUUCCACUUCCAAAGGUGCUGGAUAUUGAGAAAUGCUGGUUAUAGAAUUUCAGUGAGCAUAUGCUUUAUUUUGAUAUCAAUACUAUUAACUAUGCGUGGCAUUAGAAGUUGGAUAAUUGAGUUGUUUGGUGGUGAGAAACAGCUCAGCUGUGUCCUUCCAGCAUUGGAAGCAGUACCAUUGGUCACCUUACUUUCAUGGCAGGAAGGAAGUUAAUAGUAAGUGAUAAAAAGUAAAUGGAAGGAUAAAAAAAAAUAAUCUAUUUUCACUUUAUAAAUAUAAAUGGCUUUCUGGAUGAGCCCAGGACUGUAAUGACACGAAAGGCCUGGGAUGUUCUUUUCUCUAUAGUUUGUGUUUUCCCAUGCUGCAGUGGCACUUUUAAUUAAAACAGCUAAACUGGGAUCUCUUUGCGAAACUAAUUUAGCUUUUUGCAUUAUUAUUUU